AUGAGUGUUCCUCAAGUCACUGUUGAUUCCAAAAAUUACAUAUCUAUUUUCGGAGAUAAUGUAACACUCAAGUGUUCUGUAAAGUCAGAUCCACCUCAUACUAAUGUGUAUUGGAAGCAUUCGAAUGAUGGAAGAAAUACAUCAAACCUUAACCAAAGAGCUACAGGAACAGAAGGCAUAACCCUGCAAAAUCCUUCCCUGAUUAUUGGAAAAACUAACUUCGCUCAUUCUGGUUACUACACCUGUGUUGCCUCAAAUGAGAUAGGUGAAGGAAACAGCGAAUCUAUAUACUUGAACGUGACAGGAGAUUAUCCUAAUGUUAGCGCUUCUCCGUUUCAAUAUACGGUUGACUAUUCAAAUAACGUCACAUUGUAUUGUAAAAUUAAUGCAACCCCACGGCAUUACGAAGUGUAUUGGCUCCAACAUAUCCAUAGCAAUUUUACUAGGAAAAUAUCUUCGCAAACAUUGACAUCGUCUGGUUCAACGCUGAAAAUAAAGGAGAUUACAUCAUCAGCUAAUUAUAGCUGUGUUGCAGUAAAUGCUGUUGGACAAGGACAAAGUAGCAUCAUAAAUCUUACAGUAUUGGGAGGGAUCCCGAAAGUCAAACGACAAAAGUUAAAGUACAAAACUGGUAAAGGAUACUCUGUAACAAUCAACUGUAUAGUUAAGAGUGAACAUCUUAAAAUCCUAGAUGUUUCAUGGUCAGUGUAUAACCCUCGUACGAACAAAACAAACGAAAUACACAAUGGUGAAGUUGGAAUUGACGGAGUAAGUCCGGAUAAUCCUUCACUAAUUAUUAAUGAGGUCAGUGUAUCCAUGGAGGGUGAAUACACAUGUUGUGCAAUAAAUAAAGCAGGUGACGCAUGUGGUUUACCGUCAGAUUUAAUAGACAAAGAUGGAAACUCAGUCGAAAAAACUGCUCUAAUUGCUGGAAUAAUUGUUAGUAUUUUGAGCAUUAUUACAACAUUGGUAACUGCUGUUUGUAAGAGAAAAAAAUUGAAAGGAUGCCUACAAGGAAAUGAUCCGGAGAGUUCGAAUACCAGCGAUCCCAAAAAUGGUCAAGGGAAACAAAACAGUACGAAUAAAGCACAAGACAAAAGCAAAAAACUCCAAACUAUCUCAAAUUUAAAUGAUACUUCAGAUAACAAAGAUACGACAAGGUUAAUGGACAAUGAUAAUAAUGCUACAAGUGUAUAGGAGACAGUAUUUUCUAAAACCUUUUUUCGUAAUUAAAAACUAACUGCGAGAGCAUCUAAUUAAAAGAAUAUGAUCUAAAUCAUCC